AUGCGAUAUGCGGCACCACCACUAGGAAACCUUCGCUUUCGAGCUCCACGGGAGCCUGUCCAUAAUUCCACUCUGCAAGAUGCAUCGGAGUUCGGCCCGAUAUGUGUUGGAACGGGCCAGAGUGCCACAGCAACCCGAGCGGAGGACUGUCUCUUUAUCAACGUGUUCACCCCUUCCAGUGCCACCAAACAUUCGAAACUGCCCGUCUGGGUGUUUAUCCAGGGUGGUGCUUAUGCGACCAAUUCCAACGCAAACUACAACGGGACCGAGGUCGUCCAGGAAUCCGGGCACAAUAUCAUUUUUGUCAACUUCAAUUAUCGCGUCGGAGCGCUUGGGUUCCUAGCGGGCGAGGAAGUUCAAAAACAUGGUGAUUUGAAUGUUGGUUUGCUGGACCAGCGAAAGGCUUUAAACUGGGUGAAGAAGCAUAUUCUUCAGUUUGGUGGCAAUCCGGACCACGUUGUUAUACACGGGGCCUCGGCCGGUGGUGGCUCCGUCUCGUUCCACCUCACGGCGUAUGGAGGCCGCAAUGAGGGUCUUUUCGUGGGCGCCAUUCCAGAGAGUCCCUGGUGGGCUCCUCAAGUAACAAUGUCCGAGUCUGAGGUUCUGUACAGCCGCUUACUGGCGGCCGUGGGAUGCUCGACACUGGCGUGCUUGCGCUCGGCGGAUGCCUCUGCCAUCCAGAAAGCCAACUUAAGCUCACCAGAUCAAGGCUCAAUUAGCUAUCCUACUGGGUUGGGAAAGUUCUGGCCGGUUAUAGACGGGGACCUUGUCCGAGAUCGGCUCUACGCUUCCUUCGAGCAAGGAAAGUUCAUUCGGGUGCCGUUGAUGGUGGCCAGCGAUACGGACGAAGGGUCCUCGUUUGCAUAUAAUGCCACCAGUCCAGAAGAGGUGUCGCUCUUCUUACAGAGCUUUUAUCCUCAUUUGAGCCCCGAGCAGUUGCAAGCAAUUAACGAGGCGUACCCUAAGAUGGACCCAGUUCCGCGCCAUGCAGUAUACUUCCCCUCGGCGUCGGCUGCCUUUGGUGAUGCUACAAUCGUAUGUCCAGGGAUACAUAUCACCAGCAGCAUGGCGAGAUUUCUCAAAGACGGGUCUGACAGGGUUUGGAACUACCGCUAUAAUGUCCAGGAUCCGCCGAGGAUUGCUGCCGGGCUUGGUGUCACGCACACAUUUGACCUCCAGGCCAUCUUCGGUCUGAAUUAUGGGAGUAGCGUCAGCAGUAGCAUGAGGGAUAUAAAUGCCGCGAUCAUCCCGGUUGUGAUGCACUACUAUAUCAGCUUUAUAAGAACGUUGGACCCGAACCUGCUCAGGACUGACGGCGCUCCGUUUUGGAAGCCAUGGGGGACUGGAGAAAGAUUGAAGAUACAGACAAAUGCAACUACGGUGGAGUCAAUAUCUGACUCCCAGCGGGAUCAGUGUGAUUUAUGGAAGCGGUUGGCACCCGUGUUGGAGGUUUAA